AUGGGAGAAGAGAACCAAACCUACAUAAAUGAAUUUGUCUUGCUGGGCCUGUCACAGGAUCCACAAACACAAGUUGUGCUCUUCUUCCUGUUCCUGAUCAUCUACCUGCUGACUUUGCUGGGAAAUCUGCUGAUCAUUUUACUUAUUCUCAUUGACUCCAGACUCCACACACCUAUGUAUUUUUUCCUUAGAAACUUGUCCUUUGCUGAUCUCUGUUUUUCUACUACAACAGUCCCCCAGGUGCUAGUCCACUUCCUGGUGAAGAAGAAAAUCAUUUCUUUUGCUGGAUGCUCAACACAGAUAGUUGUUUUACUUCUGGUUGGGUGUACAGAGUGUGCAAUUCUGGCAGUGAUGUCCUAUGACCGGUAUGUGGCUGUCUGCAAGCCUCUGCACUACUCCACCAUCAUGACACACUGGGUAUGUGUCCAGCUGACUGCAGGGUCCUGGGCCAGUGGAGCUUUUGUGUCUCUGGUAGACACCACAUUCACAUUGCGUCUGCCCUAUCGAGGAAACAAUAUCAUUAACCAUUUUUUUUGUGAGCCUCCUGCCCUCCUGAAGCUGGCUUCAGCAGACACAUACAGCACAGAAAUGGCCAUCUUUGUGAUGGUUGUGGUCAUUCUUCUGGCUCCCGUCUCCCUCAUCCUUGUAUCCUACUGGAAUAUCAUCUCCACUGUGAUCCGGAUGCAAUCUGGAGAGGGUAGGCUCAAGAUCUUCUCCACCUGUGGUUCCCACCUCGUUGUUGUUGUUCUAUUCUAUGGCUCAGCAAUAUUUGCAUACAUGAGGCCAAACUCCAAGAUAAUGAAUGAAAGGGAUAAAAUAAUCUCUGUGUUCUACUCAGCAGUGACACCCAUGCUAAACCCCAUCAUUUACAGUCUGAGAAACAAGGAUGUCAAAGGGGCUCUCAGGAGACUAACUGAAAAAUAA